AUGCUGCCCUGGGCCACCUUGGCCCUGGUGGCCCUCAAUGUGGCCCUCUUCUGGCACCCGCUCCGGUCCCCAAGGGGCACCUGCCUGAGCGUGCGGAUGGUGUGGGACCAGGGCCAGUGGGAGCGCCUCUUCCUGGCCCCCUUCCACCACCUGAGCGCCAGCCACCUGCUCCUCAACAUGGCCACCUUCUUCUGCCUCGGGCGCCAGAUGGAGAUGGAGGUGGGCAGCCUGAAGACCGGGGCCGUCCUGCUGGCCUUGGCCCUCCUGGGGAGCAUGCUCUACCUGGCCCUCAACCUGCUGCUGGCAGCGACGACGGGGGACUCCUGGUACCGGGACCACUGCGCCGUGGGCUUCUCAGGGGUCCUCUUCUCCCUGGAAGCCAUGGGCCGGCAAGUGGAUCCCUUCCCAGUGGCAGCCAUGGCCAACAGUGGCUUUGCCAUCACAACCAGGUGGCUCUGUCUGCUGGAGUGCCUGAUCCUGGCCGUCUUCAGUCCCAGGAGCUCUCUCAUGGGCCACAUCUCAGGCAUCCUAGUAGGCCUGAUGUUUGCUUUUGCCCCCUUCCGCUUGGGCAUCGCCUGAAGCACCUCAGCUAAGCAGCCACAUUGGCCACUGCGGACACCGCAAGAGACUCCGUCAUCCAGCCGCCGGGCCUCAGAUCCUCUCUGUACAAUCCAUUUGGCCUCCUU